AUGAGAGUCCUCUUUGCUCUUUUUUUGGUGGGAUGUGUGUGCGGUGUACCUCAAGGACUAUGGGUCAGAGUUGGAGACAAAAGCUUCCCACUGGAGGCUGUGAAGCAGCUCAAGAAAAUCAUGGAAUUAGAUGAAAAUCUUGGUUCUCACUCUGACGCACACACUUUCAAGACUGUGUGUGCCAACCCUCUUGUGCCGCAGGUGUUUCGACCAGUGUGCCAAAAGGAUGAAGAAGUAGCCGUUUUCUCAAGUCUAAUGGUUAUAAAUAUGAAUGAGUGUGAGAUAUGUGCCAACCCCGCCUGCGCUGGAUGUGGAUAUUGAGGCUGCCGUCAGC